AUGGUAAAGUCAAGUGAUAUUUUAAAACUCAUUCUCGUAAUUCAAUUUGUGGAAUUUUGUGUAGCAUUGCCACUUAAUGAAGACGUCUAUGACAGUGCAUAUGACCAAGAACUUAACGGAUAUGUUCCUAUCGCCUCAUUAGUAGCACCCUCAAAUUAUUGGCAACAGAAAGCAUUCCCAACAAGUCGUUAUUAUCCAUCAUUAAAUGAGAGAAAUAUCAAGACGUGGUUAGUGCCUUCAAAACGGAACUCGGAACUUAUUAACUCGCUAUUAGGACUACCCAAAAACAUGGAUCAAAUUGGGAAAUAA